AUGGUGGAUAAAGCUACUUUAGAGGAGCCUAAUUGGGGAAUAGACAUGAGGAUUUGCGCUCAGUUCAACAAUGAGGAGUUUAACGGAACUGAGAUUGUUAGAUUCAUCAAGAGAAAAAUAUCAUGGAAGAACCCCGUGAGCCAAGGCUGGCCCUUUAGCUUCUUGAAGAUUGUGCUAUGA